GCCAACUUUACUACCCGGUAAACAGGAGAGAGUUUUGCUGAUUUGGUUUUACUGUUCAAAGGAGGAGCUUGUGUCUGUCUUGUGACUUUAUUUUGAAACCUUUGCUCAUGGAUAAUAAAAGCAGGAAUAAAAGGUACAGAGCUUAGAGCAGCAGUAUUGAGUUGGCUCUACCACACUGAGAUUCUGGCAGAGGAUCUGUAUAAUGAAAAAAGAAAAUGAGAACACCGUAUAUCAGGUAGGUCUAAAAGUUGUCUUGUUAUUCUGGUUUAAUUCAAAUUGUUAUAGUUAUCUUUUUUUUUUAAAGGAGACUUUUAAAAUGUCACAGAAGCUUUAAAUUCUGUUCAAGUUUGGAAAAACAACCCCUGUCUUUCUGUCUCGUGAGCAAUGUUGGAUAUUUGGUGGGAGUUUCCGACCCUGAUCUUGCUGUUAGUCAUUCAACUUCCUCUGGUGGCAAAAUAAACUUCCUCUUUAUCCAAGAGCAGUCCACUCCAAGAGCAGUUUCUCAUUGUCUCUCCUGGCUCCUCAAUGCAGCAGGUUAUCAGUGUCUGGGUGCGGGACCCGCGGAUACGAAAGAACGACUUUUGGCAUGCCUACAUAGACUAUGAAAUCUGCUUACAUGUAAGUAAAACAUUAAUAGGAAGUCAUCUUCUAAAUCCCUGGAAUCAAAUAGCAGAGCUUUCUGUUUAAUACAUUGUGUCCGCUUAUAGACCGACAGUGUCUGCUUCACCAAGAAGAUUUCAAGUGUGAGAAGGAGGUACAGCGAAUUCGUAUGGCUCAGACAGAAGCUACAAGAAAAUUCCAUGCUAAUGUAAGUGCGUUUCUGUAUUUUGAAUACUUUCACUUUCAUGAUGAGAAAAAUCUACAAGUUUGUUUCUGUAAUUCCUGUGGCAUUUUACUGUGUUUUGCAGGGUGCAAGUGCCAGAACUUCCCCCAAAGAACCCUUUUUUUAGUCUGAAUAAUGCUCGACAGAUCACUGAGCGGAUGAAAGGCCUCCAGCAGUUUUUGGAACAGUAAGACAAACCUCAAAGAUCAAUGAACUUACGAACUUUGACAUACUGAAACACAAAGAUAACAAAGUCGAUGAAUAGCAGUUUCCAUGAAAACCCCAUGACCGCAGUUUUCUCAUAAAAAGCGAUAAAAUCCAUGUUUACAACAGCCAAAUUUGUUUACUGCCCUUGUUUUUCAGGAUCCUUCAAAGCCCUGUGCUGCUGUCCAACAGUUUGCUGCAUCUAUUCCUGCAGUCCCAGCUCAGCGUGUCCAAGAUGCAGGCUUGUGCAGCUGGAAAGACCCACUACUCUGUGGCCCAGGCCAUUCAGCGAUGUGGUCUGAGGAGAUUUCACUCAGAAGAGGAUCUACAGAAGGACCUGAGCAUGUCCUGUGACUCUGACUCUGACAGGUAAGAUUUCUUACCACAUCUGUUUCUUUCCUCCCCUGAAAAAAAAAGUUUUUUCAUGGUUUUUAUCACCACUGUGAAGUAUUUAAUGGCCAAUUUAAUCUUUAAAAAGUUCUACUCUUUAACUCUCCUUCCAUCCUCUUUUCUCUUAUCAUUCCAGCCCAGAGUGUCGAGAUCCAGAGCCUCAGAUCAAAGAUUUGACGUUAAACAAAGCAGCAAGUACAGCUUUACUCGGUCUCAUGGUGACUUGCCAGGAGGAAAACCUCUCCAGCUCAUCUGAUUCUGUCUAAAACUUCAUCAACAUCAUAAUCAUCAUCAUCAUCAUCAUCGUCACCGUCAUUACCACUUUUAACUGAGAAACAUUUGAACCUUAGAGGAAGAAAUUUGCCUGUUACCCUAUUGUGCUGCACUUUUUAUGCUACAUAGUUGCUCAAAUGAUUUCACUUAUAAGAUUUAUGUUUAUUAAUGUUCUAUUGAGGCAUUUCACAAUGAAAUAUAUGUAUUAAAAAAUAGUUUCAAUGCACCUUCUUGUACAUCCAGGCUGGUCUUCCACAGCUGUAAGGUUGUAGCAAGAAAUUGCCUGAAGAUGGCAGUGUUGAUACAUCUAUGUGUUUGUACUCACAUGACAGAGGAACAAAUACUGUAACUGUCUGUUUUUACUUCAUAAACAAGCUUUGUAAAAGCAUUGUGACUUGUGGUACACAACAUCUGUUGUGCUGGAUAUGUGUAGAUAAUGAUAUAUUUUUGGCAGUGACUGUAUAAUUUCUCGCUGACACUGAACUCCCCUCUCUAAUAAAGUGUCAGGUAGAAGAGCUUGUCAUCUGGUGGCCACUCCAGUGCUUAGCAGCAUGAUGUAUAAUAGAGUCUCUGCAGACUUUUCAGCCAGCCCCCCUUGUCAAGUGUGGGGCUGAUGGGAGGUCCUGAAAGAUCCCAGUGGGCUUGCUCCUGUCUAAGAAGGCUACCAGGUAGACAGGCUUCGUCGCUCCCUGCUGAACAAAAUGCCAGCUGCACUGACAAGCCACCUUUUCUUUCUGUCUCUUCAGCUUUGCAUGUUCAUACAGUUACGUAUCUGUGCGCGUGUGUGUGUAUGCAGACUGUGAUCCCAUAGUGAGCAGCACCAUGCUUAUGCAGAGGUAAUGACCAUUUAACAAUGACAGCAGCAUGAAAUAUCUGCACAGCUAAUUAGGGUAGCUUUGUCUCUCUGCAGUGGCCGUGGCAAUCAUUAUAAAUUCAGAGCAGACAAAAGGAUGGUGUUAGAGAGAACAGAGAAGUGACGUCACUGUAGACCUGCUCUGCUCUAUGCAGCAAAAUGUGGGUUUACAUGUCUCCUCUGAAGAGGUAUUAAUUUCCUGAUAUGCUAAUGCAGCAUAUGGACAUGUGUUGUCUUUGACAGGGCUAAAUAGUGUGGUCAGCAUUACGCUGCAUGUUCAAACACAUGCACCGAGGUUAACAGAGCUAUUGUCUUCUUAAGCUUGAUAUUAAAAAGAUAUGCACUGGGAGUAUCAUUUAAAUGAAGAGGUUACAUAUUAAAUGUUGAAGUAGAGAAAGUUUUUUAAGCUAAUGUGUGACUGAUACACCUAACUUGUCUUACUAUUCAUCAUAACAAGGUAUUUUCAUUGGUAUGUUUUCAUAAAUGCACUUUUUAAGUUUCUUCUGUCUUCCAAUACAAAACAUUCUACUAAGACAA